CGGCAUCCCAGACAUCCUGCCUCCUGGAGCCAUUCCUCCGGAGGCCCAUUUCGACCCGAUUGGACCCUUGAGACGACAUGGACUGGGGUGGCUCCAGACGGGGAGGAAGGCCAGGUAGAGCGCCGUGUCGCCAACGGUGGGGUAAGACUUAAAGAUGGAGAUCACCGCCAGCUGCAUGAACAUCAGGAACACCGGCUGGUCCCUGCAGGCCGACGCACACAAAGAUGCGGAGCUGGUAUCGGCUGUUGGGAGAAAAAUGGCUGGUUUAGAGGCGCUGUACACCUGUGUCGCAGAUAAAAUCGAGUGUCCGCAGGAUGCCGUCGUGUGCUUCGUUCACUGGGAAAUGAUAAAGAAUGGCUACCGGUGCAUCGGAUCUGGAGACGAGCCUAGCAGCCGUGAUAAAAAGUCAGAGCUGCUUCCUGCUGACUGGAGCAGCAACAAGGAGCUGUACAGCCUGCGCUACAGAACCAGCGACACAGACACCGUGAUGGUGCUGAAGGCCAUCGCUGUGGACUCCACGCUCAUCUUCAACUUAAUGAACUCCGGCACUAACCAGGUUUCAGACCUGAUGGUGAACAUCAGUGACCACGUCAACGCCGAUCAGCUGCACACGUUUGACAGCGUGUUCAGAGACGCAGACGAUUUGUCUGAGAAGGUGAAGUCUCAGCUGCUGCCCCGCCCAGAGAAAGCGCCGGAGCGCAGCAGACGGGAGGAGGGCGAGUCGUCUCAGAGGAGGCGUGAGGAAGACGGCGACCCCCUGCGGCUGCCCUGCAGACACCCUCGCCACGGGCCACAGCCUCACUGGCCCGACCCGCUGAAUCCUCCGUUCGCAGCCGGAGGAGCAGAUCUGGAUCCGUUUGGGUCAGUAGGUGGGGGGGGGAUGAUCAUGGACCCUCUGAGGUCCGGGUACCCUCGCUCCGGCUUCGACCCGUCCAGCGGGAUCCCAGACAUCCUGCCUCCUGGAGCCGUUCCUCCGGGGGCCCGCUUCGACCCGUUUGGACCCGUGGGACGCCACAGACCGGGGCCUGACCCCGACCACAUGCCGCCGCCCGGAUACGAUGACAUGUUCAUGUAGCGCUCGGCGCCGGUUCCUGCUUCCAUUACUCCUGCUCACACCGCAGAACUGGGUCCGGUCCAGAACCAAGCCAGAUCCGGUCCGGAACCACCACGGAUCGUCCAAUGACAGGCGGGAUUCUCUGAAAAUGAAAAAUAAAAUAUUCACUCAGACUCCUUUAGGGUUUAGAAAUGCUUAUGAAUUUUUUUAAUCUGCGCAGAUUCAUAUCGAUCCUGACCCUUGGCCCUUGACCCUGAUCUGAUCCUGACCCUUGACCUUUCUGCUUGUUAUGAUAAACGUACAUAUCUAUAAUUUCUUUCUUCUGAGCUUCUUGCUGAGAAAUGAGUGAAUUAAAGCGACGUCUCAGAGAGUAAACUCCCGGUUUGGAUUAUUUUGAUUUACAGAAAAGUUUGGGAAUAAUUUCCAUUUCUUUAGAAAAGCAGAUCUUUGCUGCUUGUUUUUUUGGUUGUUGAUUUUGAAACAUGGCUGAUUAAUAAUUUCUGCCAGACAUUCUAAUAAAAACCGCAAAGUUGUUACUG